AUGUACCGAUGGGAUGGGAGCUACGAUUUCAAGCGUCGCGAAGAUUGGAAUUACAAGCAUUCCUACAAUCUAAUGGCUGGGAUGUUAGGGCAAGAAGAGGCCAGGGAAGCGCAAAGACGCAAGAAAAAGAUUGGUUCCGUCGACGAACAGGCCCCACCCUUGCCCAAGGACGGAGCCAUGGUUGAGACCAUCGAAAAAACUGCACAACAUGUUCACAGGUCGAACGAUCCAGCCGUGUUUGAGCACCUGAUUCAGGAGAAGAACAAAGGCAAGCCUGGAUGGAGUUUUUUGCAAGAGGGCGGAGAAGGCUUCGAGUACUACAAGUUUUGCCGCCAUUGUUGUGAAAGAGAGGUGGAUCCGCGGCCGUUGGCUCUGCAUGCGCUGAAGGUCAAAGAGGACCGCGAGAUCAAACAGGCGAAUGCGAAAGCAAACGUGUUCACUGGCUACCAAGGCACGGAGAUCCCUAAGAAGACCGAGCGCGACGCGAAGUUCAAGAUUGGGGAGUUGAUGGAAGUUGUGGGAGUCAAGAGCAAGACAGAUUACAACGGCAAGAUUGUCCGCGUGUUGCAGUACCAUCCAGAGGCGGACAGAUAUGAAGUCAAGUUCGAAGGCGGCAGAUAUGAUUCAGUCGUCGUCAAGCUGAAAGAAGAGAACCUCAUGUAUUCUGCUAUGCAAGAAAAGGAAGUCCAAGAAACAAAGGACAUGCCGGAAGGUGAGAUCCCCAACGGCACGAAGGUUGAAGUUCGGGGCCUGCAAAGCGACACUGCAAAAUGGAUGAACGGCCUCAAGGCGAUAGUCGUCUGCUGGGACAAGGAUUCGGAAAGGUAUGAGGUUCGGCUCAGUCUCAACAAUGACAUCAAGAAGGUCAAGCCGCCGAACCUUCGACUGGAAGUCCCAGAGGGCUGGCAGGAGCAUUGGGAUGAUCACUUAGGUCGCCACUACUAUGUCAACCAGACCACACAGAAAGUAACAUGGAAGCACCCUACCGUUACGAAUCAACGCGCGAAGUUCGGACAGGUCAAGGAGAAGCUAGAUCCAGACUUGGACGACGUGGAGAUUGACCACGAGCGCAAACAUUACGAGGUGGAUGAGCAGGAAGAGAUGGAAGGGCAGUUUGACCUCCAAGCUUUGGUGAAGAAGGUGGAGGAACAGGAGGAGAGGCGAGAGAAGGCGGAAGAAGCAGGACAGGAUGUUGAUAGCGAUGAUGGGCUUCACGACAUGAAGAAGCCCAAGAAAAAGAAGGCUAAGAAGGAGAAGGUCACGGCGGAAGGCAUCAUCGAAAAGGCAUUGCUGCUCAUUGAGCACACUUUCGUAGCAAGGGAGUCCAUCAAGAAGGACUACUCGCGACUUGACGGAAACUUCUGUGCUCGAGACAUGGGCCCCCUCAUCAAACAGUGGGAGGCCUUGGAACACUUCUCCGAAGCCCCCGACUCCCUGUGCAAAGAGACGUUCGAGGUGAUGCUUGCGCUGAUACAGAGGGGAGCAGAGCUUCUGAAAGAGUUGUCACAGAAUCGGCUACAGCUGACUGAGCUGAACAAGAUAAUGACUCGAGUCACCACGAUUGAGAAGAGGGAAGAUUUGUUUGAAGACGCCCAGUGGGUGCACUCGUUCAUGAAAACGCUCUGA